CUUGAUCGCGGCGUCUCAAGCAAUCAUUACAAUUUCGUGCGAGUACAUGUUGGCGGAAGCAGCGCGUGUCUACGCGAGACAAGAAUGCGUGCUAGCUUUUUAUGCAGCUACGUAGUACUGAAAUGUAGUUGUAAAGACUGGCCCGGCGCCUACAUUAAAACAACAACUCCUCUUAAAACUUUUUUUUGUAACUGCCUACUUUCCGUGCAACAUUUUCCUAUUAGCCUUUUGAGUGUAGGAAACACUUUAACUUCCAACCCAAAAAAAAAAACUUUAUAA